UACAAUGAUUUUAUUCUUACCAUAUUUCUUUCUUAUAUCCAACAAAUCACAGUAUGUAUGAAAUCCAGCAUAUAUAGAAAAACAUGCACACACAUUAAAAAUAUGAGAUUUGUGCAUUAGAUGAGAGCUUGUAUUAUUUAUAACAAUGCAAACUAUUUUAUACUUUUGCAGGUAAAAUUGAAGAUUAUGUGGAAUCAAAACCUUCUCUUUCUACUAAUUUUUCUCACAAUAUCACAAACAAGUCAAUCUUGGGGUUUAUUUUCUUCUUCUUCCAAUGCCGAUUCAAGUCAAAAUCAACCAAAAAAUAAGGAUAAAUCACAAGGACUGGUAGCAGAGUUUUCUGUAGAUGCUAUGAAUGAUCCAAAAGCUGCUGAACUUCUUGAAAAUGCAAAGAGAAAGCUUGGGGGGAUGAAUCCAUGUUGGUUUAGAUCAUAUCAACAAUUAUUUUCCACUUGUUCUGAGAUUUUUGCUGCUGAAGAAAACAGAAAAAGGCUUGCUUGGCAUUUAAGUGAUUGUUUUCAGAAGGAUACAGGAAGAAAUUCUUUUCCAUCUUGUAGUGGAAAAUCUGCCAUGGUUGAUUGCUUAAGGAAGUUGAAUAAUGAUGAUCAUAAAACUUACCUUGAGUUUUACCUUCAGACAAACUCUAUAUGCCAUCAGUUACAGUCUAAAGCAUUCAAGUCUCAGUUAGAAGGCUUAGUGAAUGAUCUUAAAGAUUCAGCACUGAUUGCAGAAGACAAAUUAAAUAUCAUUGAGGAGAAAUCCGAUAAUCUUUUACAUAAUUCAAACGAAAUACAAGAAUCUAUAACAUCCAUCAACACUCAAACCCAAGUUGUUGUGGAGACUUUGAAGAACAUGUUUGGAUAUAUGGGUGUUUUGUUAAACCAUUCAAAAGAGAUAAAUGAAACGGCUAAUGAUAUCGCGAUAUCUCAAGUAGAGUUGCUAGAAGGACAGGGGAGGUUGAAAGAGAAACUGGAGGAAGAUAUGUUCAGAAUUCAAGAAUCAUAUAAUAAUUUAGGUGAAGAAAUAGCUAAUUUACAAAAGAAAACUGUUGAUGUAAAGCAUGGAUUGAACAAAGUAGGAGAAGAAAUGUUUUUACAGGUUCAAAAUCUUCAAGGAAAAACUGAUGAUAUUACUGAAAUGGCCAAAAUUUCCGUAGAUAAGCAACAAGAGCUUCUUCAAGGUCAAUCCAAGGCCAUUGAAGGUCUUCAAUCUCUUACAACAUUUCUAUCCCAAGCCCUUCAGGAGAGCAGGGUUAAUUUGGAACAAUUAGUAGACUUUGCAAAUGGGCAACAUGAAGAAUUGUUGAAGCAACAAAAACAACUUCUACAAGCUAAUGAUCACCUGGCUAACAAUUCAAAAUCCAUAUUAGCAGCUCAGGAAGCAUUUGAGUCGAAACAAGCCAACAUGUUUGCUGCAAUUGAUAAGCUCUUUGCUUUACAGAAUGCCAUGUUGCUCGAAUCAAGGCUUAUUAAGGCUUUCUUUGUUUACUCCAUUUUAAUCCUUGUUCUGUACUUGUUAACUAGCACAAAGCAAACUUAUUCUGUGAGGUGCAGGCUUUAUAUAGGGCUAUGCAUUGCAUUCGCAAUCGAAUGUGCAAUACUACGUUUUACGACAAAUGACGUAGAACAACACAUCGACCUAAGAUCUCUAGUGAAGCCACUUUUCGGAUCACUCGUUUUGAUUCAACUUAUAUACACUAUUUAUACAUACAGGGACAUUGAAACAUUAAACCAUAAGAUGUUGGUUUCUCUUCUUGAAAAGGUAAAUGGGAUGCAUAAAGGAGAUAGAUUUUCAUGGGAUGAUGACGAGGAUGAUGUGGACAGUGAAGUUGAUUGGCUAUCAUGGAUAGAAGCCGAGUUACCAGAAGAUAUUGGUUUUAAGGAUGACCCUGAUUAUAUGCUUCCAGAUACAGGUGAAGAAGUGGGUGAGAAUUCAGUGGUGCUAAGCACAGAACGAAGAUAUAAUCUUCGAUGUCGCAGUUAAGAUUAGACUCAUCUGAUUGUAUUUGUAAGUCGAAAUUUAUUGCAUAGUUUAGAACGAUCAUACUUUCCUUUUCAAAUAGAGUGGUUUCCUUCAAGAGAAGAUAGAUCAUUACUUUGAUGAUGUUAGAACGAAUCAUUUGGAGUUUGGACAUAUGAAAGAGAAGAUUUUGUUCUUUGUUAAAGUAUGCUUAAUGUAAUUACUUAUUACCAUGGACAUAGUCAGGGCCGUCUUGGACAUUUUUUGAGGCCCUGAACGAAAGUGAAAUAUUGAAUUCUUA